UUUGGAUGCUGUAAGUUGGAUGUGUGUACACGAGUCUUCGAUGGGAGUUUGCACGCACAAAUGCUUCGGAGUUGUUGCCAAUGAUUCCAAAGGUUUAACAGGAAGACACUGUGAUCCAUGUUUAUCACGUAACUAUGUGAAAAGGAUGAGAGUGAGCAGAGAUAUUCCUGUUUGCAUCACCAAUUAUGCAAGCUCAGAAAGAAAACGAUGGUAGCCGAACCAUGCAAACACCUCUCUCAGCCCAUGCAUAUCUUCUCCACACACUAUAUAUACCUCCUACUUCUCCUUACUCCCGGCCACAAGACUCACUGUUGUGUUGCCUCAUCAUACUUUCUACUCUGAGACAUGGGGAGACUGGUUCUGUUUCGAGCUUGGUUCCUCGCGGCCCUCGUCGCCGCCGCGUCGGCUAACUUCUUAUCGGACGUGGAGAUAACAUGGGGAGACGGUAGGGGGAAGAUACUGGAGAGUGGCAACCUUCUCCAGCUCACCCUCGACAGGGCCUCCGGCUCGGGAUUCCAGUCCAAGCAAGAGUACUUGUUCGGGAGGUUCGACAUGAAGAUGAAGCUGGUGCCGGGGAACUCCGCCGGCACCGUCACUACCUAUUACUUGUCGUCGCUGGGGCCAACGCACGACGAGAUCGACUUUGAGUUCCUGGGGAACGUCAGCGGGGAGCCGUACGUCCUCCACACCAACGUGUACUCGCAGGGGAAGGGUGACAAGGAGCAGCAGUUUUACCUCUGGUUCGAUCCCAGGCUGGCUUUCCACACCUACUCCAUCCUGUGGAACCCUCAGCAGAUAGUGUUCUAUGUGGAUGGGACGCCCAUAAGAGUGUUCAGGAACAGCGAAAGCUUGGGGGUGCCCUACCCAAAGAGCCAGGCCAUGCGCCUCUACGCCAGCUUGUGGGACGGCGACGACUGGGCCACCAGGGGCGGCCUGGUGAAGACGGACUGGAGCCAGGCGCCGUUCGUGGCAUCCUACCAGGGCUACGCCGCCGACGCCUGCGUGUCGUCCGCCGGCCGGCCGUCGUGCUCGCCGUCGAGGGGGAACUGGUGGGACCAGGGCCUGGACUCCGGCGCACUUCAGAAGCUGAAGUGGGUGAGGGACAACUACAUGAUCUACGACUACUGCCGCGACACCAAACGCUUCCCCCAGGGGUUUCCUCCCGAGUGCUCCUCUCCACGCAACUGAUGCCUGCGACAACCAGUUUGCUUGCUUGCUUGUUUGCACAUCUCGCAUUUGUUUGAUGAAGGAAGACGGCACCCGUGCAUUCAUACAUAUAUCAAUCAUGUACUAAAAUAAUCUGCUGCUUAUGUAAGUAACAGAUAGUAUAGUAUGUACGGCUAGUUGUAUUUCUUGCUGUAUUUUGAAUCAUUGGUUCAAAAAAUCAACAUGUAAUUGUCA